CUUUCGAGAAAUGAAUACACCCCCAUCCCCCCCUGUCCUCAGGUGGGCUGGGCUGUACGAGAGAGAGAGAGAAAACCACUGAAUCACACUGCAUUAGUCCUACAGCUCCACGCUCUAGUCUCGCCACACUUCCUUGCCGCUGUCUCCCUGGUUGCUGGGGGCAACGGCGAAUAGACAGACAGGAUUUAUUUGUAGAAGCUCAGCUGGCGCCGCCCCUUUGCUCCCUGAGACUGUGGCAUGGAAUAGAACACUCAGCACAGGCUGUAGAGCCAGCAACGGGACUCUUCAUGUGCAGCAACACAGAAUUGAAAUCCUCACAUCAGAACUGAUCCUGCAGCAGCAGCAGCAGCAGCAGUGAGGCGAGAAGCUGUAUUGGGAUGCCUCUCAGAGGAACACAUGAUCUGAACGAUAAGAAAGGAUGAUGUAGCAAUAAAGGAAUUUUAACAAAUCUGAAGCAAACGGUCUUUUUAAAAAAAGCACAACGUUCAUGGAGUAGAAUAUGGCAGCAGCAGCAGAAUGGGAAAACCCAACUGGGGGUGAAAAUACAGAACCGGCGACUCAAGAGAAGACGACAGAUAAACCGUCAGAGUGCCGGGCAGAGACUGAGGUUCCCAGCCCUGCAGGAGAGUCUCAGCACACGACAGAGGAAAGUGGAAGACCCAAACCAUCAGCGACGGCCACAGAGAGGAUUUGGGGACAAUUCUGGAAAGGCAGCGGGUUCAGCAAAGCGAACGCAAAAAAGAAGCACGAGGGCUCCCAACCUAACAGGAGCGGUCAGGAAUUCGACGACAGCGAGAGUCCAACCGCAUCGACUGCAAAACAGGUGGAAUGCAGACAACGCGCGCCGCCCGAAUCAACGACAGCAGAACUGGGAUCCACAACGGACCAGCUUUCCUUGGAGGUAGAAGCGGGCACUGGGGUACAGCUGAUGGAGAAGCUCGCUGGGACAGAAGAGGUGGAGAAGGAUGAUGAUGAUGAUUCGAAAGACACCAGGCCGCGUCAUAUUGAGAAAUCGAGCAGCGUCAGGGAUUUCAUCAGGAGGCCCAUCUCUAAGAUCUUCUCGUAUAAAACCACAGAGAAGAAAGUAGUGGACAGGCAAGCCAACGUGGGCAAGGGUCUCUCCACGUCCCUCGAUCGCUUGUCGGAGAAGGGAACCAGCACUGCGCUCUAUGAGCUGGAAAACGACCCAGGGCGGCGACACAAAGGUCCGGGGCUCGCGCACACGAGACGGUGGCACUCCUUUAAGAAGAUUGUGGCCCCGAAGACCCACAAGAAAAGCCUCCAGGAGCCGAUAGACGACGAUCGCAACGAAACACCCAAGUAUAAAGAAUCGGCUUCGAGGGGCGACCCCGAGAAUAAGGAGGGCAAGAAAAGGAGUAUUAAGAGGUCUUGGACGUUCCAGGUCAUCCGGAAAGACCAGUCGUUCACGACCGGUAACAAAGCGCCCAGCUGGUCUGAAGACCCCAUGACGGUCAAGCACGACUGGAUGGAUCAGGUAGAAAAUCAAACAGAUCAAGAUAAUCAACUGGCUGGUGAUGAAGAAGAUGAUGCUGUUGAAGGAGAUGGGAUGCACAGAGACACAGAGAGGAAGGCAUCACCGUCCAAUGGGAAUAAUAAGUCAAGGGACCAGCAAGCCAGUGAGGUGUGGAAAUCUUUUAAGAAACUGGUGACUCCGAAGUCAAAGAGGACCACAGAGGCUACAGAGACCGAGGAAAGUCACGUAACUGAAGGGCAGGUCAGUCUGGAUAAAUCAAGCAGGCAGCAGGCAGUUCCUAAAAAGGCACGCUACUCCAGGGCCGUGUCUCUGAAAAAUAUAAUCCUUCGCAAAAGCAAGAGUAAAAGUACUGAUCUAGAGGAAGCAGCAACCGGUACAGCGCUUAUCAGCAACCUUCCAGGAGCUGACCUUGAGCAAGAAGAAACCCAAUCUUGCAAGGAGGAAACAGCCACUGCUGGUUCCGGGGAAAUUAAAGUGGACAGCAGUGGCGAUUUGGGGGAUUUGUCCGAACCAAAAGAAGGUCUCAGUGAUAUUCAGAAACAUUCAGUGAGUGAGCAGGUGAGGGAUGCUGGUAAAGAACAGAAAGAAACUGCAACUGUACAAUCUGAUGUUGUCGAAAAGGUACAAGACAUUACGGAAGGCAAAGCAGAUCUUCGUGGAAAACCGGAAUCUGAUCAAUCUUUGGGAUGCAACCUGCCGGCCACUGGCACAGUUACAAGCCACGAAACAAACAAGGCAAUCAAAGACAAUUUCAACAGUGGCGUAAUAAAAGAAACACCCCUUUCAGAAUUGAAAGAGACAGCGGAGAAAGAACCGGCUGAAAACAUUAAAGAAGGAGCAUUAGAUCCAUCGCCAGGAAGGAAGUUGUUAAAUCUGAAGGACAAGGGGAAUGAAACUGCUGGUAUUGCUCAUGAUGGUAAUAAAAACGGUGCUCCUUCUCUGGCUUUGGUUGAACCAGGACUCUCAGAAAGUCCAGUUAAGGAUACAGGAAAAGAAUUACCACCAUGUGAGAGAACUGAAGUUCUUCGUGCAGGACAUCGAUCUGGAGAAUCGACGCAAGAUGAACCAAGUUCUCAUCAACAGCCAGCCUUGAAGCACUCAGCUGAAACAGAGCAGACCAAGGAAAGUCUGCCUCAAGGGGUCAUUGUUAAUGCAAGCGAGUCAAUGGAGAAGCAGACCCCAGACGCAGCUCGCUCAAUCCCUGAGAUCAGGGUCAAAGCACCCACUGACCCUCUGGAAGCCAGUCAGAAAUCUGGAGAUGGUUCAAGCGAUGAGAUGACCUCGAACUUGGAGGAUGACGGAAGAUCGUCUACUGCCCAAACUGACUCAAUAGAUGCUCCAGCUGAAAUAAAAGCAGACGAGAUUCUGAGGACAGAGACAGUGAGAGCUGAGGGCAUCGGGAAUUCUACUGAUAUCUUCCAUAAAGUCUGCUCUUCUAAGGCUACUGCGGAAAUGAAAGCAGAAGAGGCUUUUGACAAAGAUACAUCCCAUGAUACUGAUCAGGACAGUCCAUCUUCUUCUAUUGAGAAUCUCCAUAAGCCCACUUCUUCGGAAGCAGAAAUGACAGCCACAGACGCCCCGGGAUUCCACGACACCGAGGGUGGCCCUAAUAUUGAGAACUCCACUGCAGAGACCGGACGUGGCGAUGGGAGUCCACCUCCCUCUUCCACGGAGAACCUUGACAUCAAUCCAGAGGAAGAGGAGAAGUUGUUUUACGAGGCGGCAGCUGCCAUUGUGAGGACAGCGGUGAACGCUGCCACUGAACAGAUCGCGAAGGAGCAAGACACGCUGGACAAUGGCUUCAAGGGAUCCUACUCCAACAAUGACGACAACAACAACUCUGGUUACCCGGGCAUGGAUCUGUCCUAUUGCCGUUAGCUAGCUGAGGUUCAUCAAGCAAGGAGCGAGGAAAGCACAAAAACCGAAUUGGUUUUAAGGAUUAUAAAUGUGACUUUUUUUUUUUUUUGGAGUACGCGCUUAUAUCACAAACAAAACCAAAACAAAGAGAUUUUAGUUGACUUUCUUGAAGAAAAGAGAAUAUAUUUUUUGUUUUUGUACAAAAAAAAAAUAUAAUAAUAGUAAUAAUAAUAAAACAUUCACAAAACGGACUGGGUCCACAUUCUCUCGGGUUGCACAGCGCUUUUAAAAUGAGAUAGUUAACCUCAGACGGGUUUCAUAAAUGAUCGUACCCCAACAGUAAUGAAACUACUGAAUCGCCAGGCUGGAUCUUUUCAUAACAGACAUUUGCAAAGAAGAUGGUAACUUUUGACUUCCCCUUGGGUUUCAAGUACAGUAUGCAAUAAUUAUAAACACGAAUAAUAAAAAACACAAGACGUGGUCUCGAGCAAUAACACUUUUGGUUCUGAAAUGCUUUCACCUUACCUUCAUCAGUGACUGUGUCUUGUAGUUCUGGAGUUGCAGUGUCCGUUCUGUGUUUCUCUUGGAUUGUCCUCAUCCCAGCUGCGCCAUUGGUUGUCGUAUUUGCCGUCCAGCCAAUCAGGUUCCAAGAAGAACGUUCGUCGUCGUGCAGUGUCCCCUCAACAGCUACCAGUGUUUUACAAUCUUGGAAUUCUCACAGUAAAUGUGCCCGCAGUCAUUCUAGAAGUGGAGUAGUCCACUAGUAUUCUGCAGUUAAGACAGCUGGGCUGGAAGAAAACUCUGCUUCUGUGCAGAGACCUCUUUAAAUAAGGGUGUCUAAGUACUGUAUAGAGAAAUAACGGGUUCAAUUAAUUAAUUGAGAACGCGGUUGCACCAAAAACCAGAAGACCCUGCAGCUCUCCAGGACAAGGGUUGGCCAUCCCUGGCACAGAGCUUAAAACGUUAAAACUGUGACCGUGUUUUAAACGUUUAACCGCUGUCAAAAAUAUGCAAGUCAGUUUUCACUUGGUAGGUGUACAGGGAUAGCCAGUUUAUUUCAUAUGCAGGAUUUCCUGACAGUCUUUUCCACAUGCAAUUAAAUUCUGGACAGUCCUUUGCACAGAUACACAUUGCAGUAAUUUAUAAAUAGUAAAUUGCAGUCUUCUUAGGACGGCUUUCCUGACUGGUAACAGACAAUCCCAAUAUUAAUUUAGAACCUUAUUAAUUACCUUUAAAAGGCUUAAACUGCAGAAUACAUGGAGCUUAGAGGAAGUCUAAUAACACGAAACGAAAUACCUCGUGCUUCAUUUGACAUGUGGCAAUACACCGAGCUGUUUUACACAACCUUUCAGUAUCUGCAAGUUAAAAUGGUGUGGAUUUGUACAAAUGCAUGUUUGUUUUUGUUUGUUGUGCAUUAUUGAUGGGAAAUUCCCACUUUAUUGGAAAACCCUACUCUGCCAUUUGUUAGAGGUAUGACCGUUUAAUGUAUUACUGUACUCUGUAGUGGCCUUGUCAUGAAAAAUAAAUUGUUGUUUAAAACAACACGCAAUUGUAAUUUAUAUUUUUAAAUACAUCUCACACAUGUUAGAGGUCAUGCGUUAAGAAACUGCGCUCAGAUAAAGACUGAAACGGAUCAGAUGGGAUGGGCGGGGAGGGGGUGGCGAAUUGAUAAGGUAGAAUGCACAGAAGACACUAUGGUACACGAGACAAGAGUUCACAGACGACAAGGAGUUAUAUUAAUCCCCGGCAUUGCAGGACACUUGAGUUCUUUAAAGUGUUCGGUUUACUGCACCUCUUUAAAUUUGAAUGGGUUGGUCACUUAGCACACAGUGCCAUCUUGUGGAUGAAUACUGCAAUACCAGCAUCUUUAAAUAUGAGGAUUUCAAAGGCAAAGUCACAUCUUCUGUACAGCCUUUUACACACACCAAUUAUACAUACAUUUUAUAUACAUACAUACACACACACACACCCCUGAGAUUGUUACCUAUACACUGUAGCAAAUCUAGCUCGUGUUAAAAUCUGGAAUGGAUGAAACUGCUAUUUAGUCUUAUUUAUACCUUUGUAUGUGUGCGUAUAUAUAAUAAAUUAUAUAUAUAUAUUACACACAAACACAAUAAACAACAAUAGGAGUGGGAUGCAUAAUUAAUUGUACAUCCUAUGUCAACUCACAAUUCAGAGAACAGUUUGUACACCUUUUUUUGUAUCUCAUAUGAGACUGUGGGCAAAGAAAAUGUGACGUUUAAGAAUCAAACAAUUUUACGCUUUUAUAAAGAGAGUCCCGUGAGACCCGGAACACAAAGGCAGAGCGGCUCAACAGACAAAGAAUGUGGCAACAGACGAGUUCAUUUCUGAAAACGUAGCCUCCUUCUAGUAGUGCCGUUAAAUGGCAAAACGAUUUUCCAAAAAUAUAGGGAACAGUCCCAUCUCGGAGACCCGUCCUUGUCCCUUGCGGUUCCUGACUGUUUUUUUUAAUAACCUCUCUGAAAACGUGUCACUGACUGCACUUCAACAGAGAGCCCUCUGGGAGGUUCUACCAAAUGGAGCCCGGCUUUACACAACAGCGAGGGUCACUCUCAAGAGACCUCAUUAAAAUCAGGCAAAGAUUCAUGGACAAUAACACGCUCAAAUCCAGCUCUGUAAUUAACACUCCUGGGUGCUGUCUGGGCUCCAUGUCUUGCUUUGGUGUUUAGGAGCAAGAAGAAAAAAAACAAAACAAAACAAUGUUGGAUUUCAACUUGACGCAAGUGGAUACAGCAAUAUAUGAUGGUGAAAAGAAAUCACUUGACUAGUUCACAAACACUUAAUAGUCUCCCCCUAAGAAACUUCCUGUCGUACAGUCCUCAGUUACUGCAACACAAAACUAUUAUUCCAGGGUCUCUGGUGUCAAUCGGGCUGAUUUACCAUUCCGAGUGAAACGAGUGAAGAAACAGCUGCUCGGGUUUGUGAUGAUCGCUGCUUUUCUUACUCUGCGGGGUAAACAGUGAUUCACACAAACCCAAGCAGCUGUUUCUUCACUUGGGGACGGUAAAUUAGCCCGAUCAAUAUUGUGCACAUUCGGAUAAUGAAGUACAGAAAUCCGUUUGCAAUCCGAAAUGUCCAUAGGAAGAAAUUUGUCAAAAUCUUACAGCAUCCAGCAUUUCUGUAAUUACACUCCAUUUCAUAUUUCCCCUUUUACAAUACAAAGAUGCAUUUACAUCCAUAUAAUGUGACCCCUAAACUGUUAUUUAAACUAAAUUAAUGCCC